ACUGUGAGAGUUUCACUUAACUGAGACAGAAGGAGGAAGAGAGAGAGGAAGAGAGAGAGGGAACACAAGUUUAAACAGAGAAGAAGAAGAAGGUAGAGACACAGAGAGAGAUUGACAUGAGACCAGAGAACUCUUGCUCUGCUGAUCUGUGACCAGCUGUCUGUCUGUCCGUCUGUCUGUCUGGAGACAUGUCUUCCCGGGCUGAGAGUAAGACAGCCUCUCAGUUCGUGUCUCUAACCUUGAGGCUGAAGGACAAACUUCACCAGCAGCGAAUUAAACGCACCCAGAGAAACAAACCAGCUGAUCUGAAGCUUCAGGAGCAACAUGAGUCGGGGUGUGUGUUGCAGGACCAGCAGCGGGACGUCCUCUCGUCUCUGCAGUACUUCAAGGUUCUGGUGGACCGACUGGCCGUGGACCGACCCGCAGCCCUGGACCCGUCUGUGGUGGGGGGGCUGCUGGGGCGGGCGUCUGGCGGGAUCCUGGAGGCGGUCCAGACUCUGGUCCGGCUCCAUCCGGAUCUGCACAACAGUGAAACCAUCUCUGCCUGUCUCACUCGUCUCUACCUGUCUGUGGCUCGGCUGAUUCGCUGGGCCGAUCGUAUUAUUCUGCACGACGACAAAGAGUCCGCAGUCAGCGUUACCACGGUGAUCAGGGCCGUGCUGGACGGGGUCAAGGAUCUGGUUCGAUUGGCUGUAGAGUCUCCCGUCCAAUCACAGCGUCCCGUGGGACAGACAGGAAGGGUUGACGACCAGGAGACGUCGGACUGGACGAGUCCUGCCGAGGAGGAGGAGGGGGGCGGGGCUUCACCUCCUCCAAAACCCAACAAGCCCCUCCCCCAGGGACUCAGGCCUCCAGUUCUGCCUCCUAAAAAGCGUCAAUCAUUGCCAGGCCCCGCCCCCUGGAGGGUCGCCAUAGUAGCACCAAUGAGACGUGAGCCUGACACACAGGAGGAUGAGAAUGACUGUUUGAAGCGAUCUUCUUCUUCAGCUGCUGUCAACACACACUGUGAUCCAGACUACGACUUCCUCUUCACUGACGUCUCCUCCGACAAUCUUCAUCCUCUCCUUCCUCUUCCUCCCCCCUCCUCACUCCCCCCCUCCCUGCCAGAGAAGAGACGAGGAAUGAAGAACAGUCAGGCUCCUCCUUCUUUGGGGUUUGACUCCACCUCUCGUGAACACAACCCCGCCCACGGUGAUGAUGUCAUUGAUUGUGAUGAGCCUAAGUCCCACCCCCUGUCCCCCAGAAGUUCUCCCCCUCCCCUCCCCGAGAAAAAACGACACAUCCAUCAGUACCUCCAGGUCUGCUCGUCAUACCAAGCCCAGGCGGCGGCCAUGUUCUACCAGACACCUCCGACCUUCAGCAGCCGACAGCGAGAGACGGACGCCACUGACCAGCUCACACACACACACCUGGACACACACAGGCAGCACGACACUGACUCCGCCCCCUCACCUGAGCAGCCUGCAGCUCCGGCGCUACCACCGAAGAAGAAGCUGCAGGAUCAUCAGGAUCCAGACAGAGACGAGGACCGAGUGAAGUCCAGAGACAGUCUGCAGAGCGUCCAGCAGGAGGCGGAGCAGGAGGAAGUGUUACUGACCAAUCAGGAGGAGAUCCUCAACAGAGUCACCUGGAAGACUGAGGAGGAGGAGGGGCCAGACGUGAAGGCAGCCACUCCUGAGAUCCUAUUGGUCUACGCCACGGAGACAGAGAGCAGCACAGCUGUGUGUGUGUGUGUGUGUGUAGAACAGGACCUGUACUGUGAAGCCUUCCUCUGCACGUACAGGACCUUCAUCAGCCCGAGUGAUGUCAUCAGUCAGCUGCAGCACAGGUACAGACACUUGUGUGACGGAUGUGAAGCUCCAGAGCUGAGAGCUGCUGCCGCACACACUCUGCACCUGCUGGUCAGAGUGGUGGACGAGCUGUGUGUGAUGGAGCUGGACUCUGAUUUGCUGCUGCUGCUGACGGACCUUGUAUUCAGGCUCCUGAUUGGUGGAGAGCUGGAACCGGCUCACCUGCUGCGCUCCAACAUCCUGUCCAAGAUGGAGCAGAAGUGGCUGACUGGUUCAACACUGUCCCUCCGCCCCCUUGCAGCCAGGGGCGUGGCUGCCAGACCAGGAAGUCUUCUGGACUUCAGGAGUCAGGACUUAGCUGAACAGUUGACUCUGAUGGACUCUGAGCUCUUCUACAAGAUUGAGCUUCCAGAGGUGUUGCUGUGGUCUCAGGAGCAGAAUGAGGAGAAGAGUCCAAACCUGACAGAGUUCACCCAACACUUCAACAACGUGUCGUUCUGGGUUCGCUCUGUCAUCAUCCUUCAGGACAAACCUCAGGACAGAGAGAAACUUCUGCUGAAGUUCCUGAAAAUCAUGAAGCACCUGAGGAAGCUGAACAACUUUAACUCAUACCUGUCCAUCCUGUCAGCGCUGGACUCCGCCCCCUUGCGUCGCCUGGACUGGCAGAGAAACACAGCUGAGGCUCUGGAGGAGUACAGCUCUUUGAUUGACAGCUCAUCCUCGUUCAGAACCUACAGAGCAGCUCUGGCUGAGGCGGAACCUCCCUGUAUACCCUACCUGGGUUUGAUCCUUCAGGACCUGACCUUUGUCCACCUGGGGAAUCCUGACACCUUGAAGACAUCACAGGGUUCAAAGGUCAACUUCUCUAAGCGCUGGCAGCAGUUUAACAUCCUCUACACUCUGAGGAGCUACCAGCAAGUUCCUUACUCUCUGCAGCACAAUGAUGACAUCAUAUUGUUCUUUAAUGGCUUCAGUGAUCACCUGGCUGAGGAGGCACUAUGGGAACUCUCUCUCAGGCUCCGCCCACGGAACAUCUCGAGAACCAAUCAGAAGUAACAGAUUCAACAGAACUAAACUGGACAGAGGGCUAACCACAACCGCUAGAUGAUCUGAGGCUCAGUCUGCUAACGUAUAGCCUGGACCCUGAGGUUAGCCUGGGGCUAGCUGGCAAGGGUGGGCGUGGCCUCCUCCUGUCUCUGGACACCUCCCUGAUUGGCAGAAGUAGAAACUUUAUUAGUAAUUAACCUGGAAACACCUGUCUUUAAUGCAGAUGGAUCAUUAUAUGCAUGAUAUAUAUAUAUAUAUAUAUAUAUAUAUAUAUAUAUAUAUAUAUAUAUAUAUAUAAUCUAUUUUAUUUAUAUUCACAUCUUCACAUCACAUCGGUUAUUUGGUUAUUUGUGGAGCAGCAGUGAACCUAUGAACUGUACAUGAAGAUGAUCAGUGACUGUGAAUAAAGAUGACGCCAUGUCUCCA